UGACAUUCAUUUAGGAGACAGCAUCCAACGGUAUACUGUGGGUACACCGCGUCGAUCGAGUUACAUAGAAAAACGAGGUGGAUAAUUUGUCAGUCAGCGUGGGGCACUGGCUGCAAAUCCCAGCCACUUCAUUUCCGAGGGAAGACAAAAUCGGAGAUGGCGGGACUUCGAUCGGACGUGCUUGGGGUGCGGAAGGGCAGAACGGGCUGGAUACCACCUGAAAAGAGGGCGGGUGGAGACAUGUGUCCCUCGCAAUGGAAGCACGCCAUGUGGGUGACGUCAACAGUAUGUGUGCUGGUGUGGUUUGGGAUGUACAGUGGCGGGAACACCGUGUACUACCCGUCAGGCUUCAGCGUUCAAAACUCCGAGCGCAACCCGUUACCAUGCCGACCGUGCCAAGAACACACCAACCUUGCCUUCGUCAAAGUGCACAAGGCCGGGGGAACGACUGUUACCUGUCUACUUCAGCGCUUCGGCGAUCUUCGUAACCUGUCGUUCGUUCUCCCUCGGAAAGGGAUCAACUUGGGCUGGCCUCAUCAGAUGAGCCGGGGAGACUUCCUACCUUCCCUGACUGGCGAAUACAACAUUCUCGUACAACACGUUAUCUUUAAUAAGACCACGAUAAGCAGUAUCAUGCCCAGGGACACUAAGUUUAUCACAACUAUAAGGGAGCCUUUCAGUCAUCUGAAGUCUGUGUUCAACUGGUACAAACUCGCCAAAGUUUUCAGGAUCCUCGGCAAAAAUCCCGUGGGGGAAUUCCUCAAGUCCCCAGCGAUGUACGAAGCGCGGCGUCGUGAUAUCGUCCCGUCAAAAACAAGGAACUUCAUGGCGUUCGACUUAGGGUUUCCCGUCAGGGCACAAUCGGACAACGACAGCGCGGUUAGGGAGUUCAUUCGACAGAUGGACGAAGACUUUUUGCUGGUGAUUAUUCUGGAGCAUUUGGAUGAAUCGUUGGUGUUGCUCAAGCGGUAUCUUUGCUGGUCUUUGUCAGAUAUUUUGUAUUGGAGACAGAACAAGAGGAACUACCAGUACAAGGGCACGAAACUUUCCGCCAAGCAGAGAAGAAUACAUCAGAAAUGGUCGAACGUUGAUUACGCUUUAUACGAUCACUUUAACGCCACCUUGUGGAAAAGGAUUGAACAGCAGGGGCCUGAUUUCUGGGAGGAAGUGCGCCACUUCCAGGCACUGCACAACGACGUUAUGCAGUUUUGUCAGUCCUCGCGGUCUGUGUUGAACAUAAGGGUUGGGUCCUCCAGGUGGAACGAGGAAUUCUACGUGGAUUCGAGAUACUGUGCCAAAUUAAAGUUGUGGUCCAUACAUUAUUUGAACUAUCUGAGAAAACGGUACUACUUCCAGAGGGUAAAAAUGAUCAGAAGCAAGACUGUGGUUCAUAAGGUUUCUAUUAAAAAACGAAGUCACUGCUUUUCUGGGUCCAACAAUGCCACUGUCACCAAUAGAACUACUUCAGUUAAGAACAUACCAACAGCGCCUUAAAUAAAUGAUGAUACAAAGAAGAAAACAAAUCGGUAA